AUGGCGACCAAUUUACGCACCACUGGUGAACGUCAUCAGUUUUGUUCGCUCCAAGGCCGAGGCGCGUUAGUCACCGGCGCGAGUGGAGGCAUCGGUUUAGCCAUCGUCGAACGUUUAGCCGAGUGUGGCGUGAAUGUUUGCAUCGUCGCUCGACGCGUGGAGAAGCUGAACGAAUUGAAAGAGAAGUUGGAAACCGAGUAUCCAGACGUGACAAUUUUUCCUUUGCAGUUGGACGUGUCGAAAACGAGCGAGGAGGAGAUGUUGAAGAUACCGGAAAAAGUUCCAUUCCAGGUGGAUAUUUUAGUGAAUAACGCAGGAUUGGCGUUAGGGACGGAAGCCGUGGAUACGAAUUCAAUCUCGGAUGCGAUGACGGUGGUGAAUACGAAUAUCAUGGGCGUGGUGGCGUUUACGAGAGCGUUCGCGAGCGGGAUGAGAGAAAGAGACAGAGGACAUAUUGUGAACAUUUCGAGCAUUGCAGGACACGAGGCGUAUAUUGGUGGGAGCAUUUAUUGCGCGACAAAGCACGCGGUGGAUGCGUUUACGCGAUCGGCGAGACACGAUUUGAGAAAUUCGAAAGUGAGAGUGUCGAGCGUGAGUCCGGGCGCGGUAAGGACUGAUUUUACCAUGACGAGAUUUAAAGGAGACGUGGAUGCAGAGGCGGCGUUGUACAGAGGCUUUGAUCCUAUGAUUGCGGAGGAUGUGGCGGACCAGGUGAUAUACGCGUUGAGUCGGCCGAUGCGGACACAGGUGUGCGAUAUAAUUUCCUUGGCGAAUGCGCAGUCCGCCGCUAGAGAUAUCCAUCGAGGCGAUUGA